AAACAUAUAAAGAAACAUUAGCAGAUCAAGUUAAUCAAUCGUGCGGGAAAGCUCGUAUCGCUAACGAACGCUAGCCAUUGAUCCAAAGUUCACUCGCUGAUCUCGUGUUGUAUAAAUGAUAACAAAUAGUGCCUCUUACAGUUUCCGUCUUACGAUUCCUUCGUUUAUUACUUGAAUUUCAAGCAAUUUUGACAGACAAAUUAUUUUGUUAAAUCCAAGUCAUACUGAUUUCGCGCGUAUUUAAACAAGUGCUUUAUUCUUUGUGUGAUAAUAUUUUAAAAGGGCGCAAAAACGGAUACUACAAAAAAUUUCAAAUAUUCCGCAUAUUGUAAAAAUUCGACAAACUGGUUAAAAUCGAGAGCACGGGUGUGUUUUUCGAAAUUACUUGCCUCUACCACGCGCACAAAAUUGUUCUUGCCGUUACGAAGAAGAAAAACGUCAAAGAGACUCAAAAAAUUUCGCAGCAUAAUCGGCGGCUAACAAUCUUCGGUAAUACAUCAUUGGAUUGUAACGGAGGAAGCUGUCCGUUCCGAACUCACGGAAUAAUAAUCUGACAAGUUUGGAAUGAUCGAUAAUAAUAAUAGGAUGAAUGACAACGAAAAGUCGGAUGAUUCAUGGCAAAAAAUUCAUACUGAUCAAAAUGAAUAUCUGCGUAUUUAUGGCUUUGAGAAAAGUUUACUGAGAUCUAUUCUAACAUAUGUAUCAUACAUAUUGUCUAUCGGAUGGGUCAGACUAUUGUUUCACUGGUAUCCUCAGCUGCAUUUAUACGCGACUCAUCAGAAAUGUCCUUUAUCUCGCGCAACAAAAAUACUCGUAAUAGAUGAUUAUCAAGGAGAAUACAAGUCAUACUUUGUACGAGAUGUCAAGAUAAUUUCUACAAGCACGAAAUGUCUGUCAACUACUUUAGGUGUUGUUGAUCGAGAUCUUGAGGCGAAAAUAAAGAAUAAAAAAAUGAAAAUUAAUUUAGAAAACGGCACACGUUGCGAAGUUCAUGAAUACAAAGCUUUUUGGUUCAAAAAGAAAUGUUAUAUUUGGGAUGUUACAAGAAACAUAUUUUCCAAACUUGUAGGGCUUGAUAAUGGCACAAUGUGUUCCGACCUUCAUACCUCAUACAACAGCGGCUUGUCCAAGGAAGAACAGUUACUUAGGCGUAUUGUAUAUGGAAAUAACGAUAUCGUUGUACCGCUUCAGAAUAUCGGCGUGUUACUACUGCUAGAGAUUUUAAACCCAUUUUAUAUUUUUCAAGUAUUUACUCUAGCCGUAUGGUUCGCGGAGGGUUAUCUGUAUUACACUAUCGCUAUAAUAUUGAUGUCGCUAUUUGGCAUAACAAGUUCUAUAAUACAAACGCGCAAGAAUCAAUCGAAUUUACGCGGUACUGUCGCGUCAUCGGGAAAUGUACGCGUACUACGAAACACCGGUUUUUCCGAGAAUAUUUCUAGCAAGGAAUUAGUGCCCGGUGAUCUUAUAGAAUUACCGAGACAUCAAAUGACUCUUGUAUGCGACGUGGUUUUAUUGACAGGGCAGUGCGUUCUAAACGAAUCCAUGUUAACAGGCGAGUCUACACCAAUAACAAAAACAUCAUUACCAUCACGCCGUGUACUAUAUGAUGCACAAAAGUAUGCGCAUCAUACAUUAUAUAGCGGUACCACUAUAAUACAAACCAGAUGUCACGGAGAUCAACCAGUUCUGGCAAGAGUAAUCAGGACUGGUUUUCUAACUAACAGAGGUGCUCUAAUCGGCGCUAUAUUAUAUCCUCCACCAGCUGAUUUUAAAUUCGACAAAGAUUCAUAUAAAUUUAUCGGCAUUCUGGCGGUAAUUGCAACUUGUGGUUUUAUAUACACCGUAAUAACCAAGAUUUCCAGAGGAAUUACGCCGGGCGAUAUAGCGAUAAAAGCAUUAGAUAUUAUUACAAUAGUCGUGCCGCCGGCAUUACCAGCUGCGAUGACAGUAGGAAAGCUGUACGCUCAAGCGAGAUUAAAACGCGCGGAAAUAUAUUGCAUUAAUAACAGAACCAUCAAUGUUUCCGGAAGCAUAAAUUGUGUGUGUUUUGAUAAGACAGGAACGUUAACCGAAGAUGGAUUGGAUAUGUGGGGUGUUGUGCCGUGUACAAACGGCGUCCUUGAUGAGGCCGAGACGGAUAUAUCGAAGCUCAAGGAUCAUCCUCUUUUCGAAGGGAUGUUGGUUUGUCACAGUUUAACACUUAUCAAUGGAAAACUUAGUGGAGAUCCUUUAGACGCGAAGAUGUUCGAGAGUACUAAAUGGAUAUUAAAAGAAUCGAAUUGUGCGCACAUAAAUAAAUACAAUACGGUAGCGAUGGCUGUCAGACCGCCGAAAAGUUGGACGGAGAAUACGAACAAGACCUCGGAAAUUGACAUAAUACAACAGUACCAAUUCUCGAGUUCGUUACAACGAAUGUCCGUGAUCGUGCGUACACAAGGAUCGAAUAAUUUUCAAGUUUACACGAAAGGAUCCCCCGAAAUGAUCAUCAAUCUAAGUAAAGCGGAAACCGUACCGAAAGACAUUCUGCUCGCUUUGGAGCGAUACACCAAACAGGGUUAUCGCGUAAUAGCUGUGGGUCGCCGAGCAUCAAUCUCCGAAGAUAUUGUAAAGGUGUUAAAAUUAUCUCGAGAAGCGGUCGAGCAAAACUUGGAGUUUUUGGGAUUAGUUAUUCUGGAAAACCGAUUGAAACCACAAACGGCACCGGUGAUAAUGGAGCUGAGAGAAGCCAAUAUACGUGUGGUGAUGGUUACAGGAGACAAUAUCCAAACCGCGGUGAGCGUCGCGCGAGAAUGUGGAAUACUUUCGAUCAAAGAACGCGUUGUAGAUAUAGCUAUAGCUUCGAGAGGAAAAAAAAAUCGUCCACAGAUUCUCUUCAAUGUUCAAUCUGAAUCUCCAAAAUUGAACUCGCAAGAUCAAGUCUUUGUGCCGCCGACGAUCGAAGACGUAGAACACGGUGCAGUCAAUUGUAAUUACAGAUUUGCUCUAACGGGCGAAACGUGGCAAGCGCUUCGAGAAUACUAUCCUGAUCUUGUGGACCGCAUUUGCGUGCGUAGCGCAAUAUUCGCUAGAAUGAGCAGUGAUCAAAAGCAACAUUUGGUUAUGGAGCUUAUGCGGCUCGGUUAUUACGUAGCCAUGUGUGGAGAUGGAGCUAAUGAUUGUGGAGCAUUAAGGGCUGCGAAUAUUGGCAUAUCGCUCUCCGAAGCAGAAUCCAGUGUGGCUAGUCCUUUCACCUCGAGAAUAUCCGAUAUAACUUGCGUCCCGAAAGUGAUACGAGAAGGACGCGCUGCUUUGGUCACAUCGUUUGGAAUUUUCAAAUUCAUGGUCGCGUAUUCUCUCACCGAAUUUCUCUCCGUCAUAGUAUUAUAUUCCAUAGACUCAAAUUUGACGGAUUUGCAAUUUCUGUUUAUCGAUAUUUGUCUAAUCGUUAAUUUCGCCUUCUUCUUCGGCAAAACUCACGCUCAUAAAAAGAAGUUAUCCAAGAAAACGCCGAUGACAAGCCUGCUAAGCUUUACUCCGCUUCUGUCUCUGACGGCACACAUGUUCGUGUUUAUAGUUUUUCAAGCGAUAGCGUAUCAUGCCGUUCGGCAGUUUCCAUGGUUCACGCCAUUUGUCCGUACCAGCGACAUUGAAUACACGUGUUACGAGAACUAUUCGGUCUUUUGCGUCUCCAUGUUUCAAUACAUCACAAUGGCUGUUAUAUUUUCACGCGGGAAACCAUACAGGCGCGCGAUUUAUACAAAUGGCGUAUUCAUGUUUUCCAUACUUGUGUUGACGAUUAUAUGCGCGUACAUUACGAUUUAUCCCGCGAAUUGGAUAGUGAAUGCGUUGCAAUUAAUCUUACCGCCUUACGAAUGGAGAUUCAUUAUCCUAGCGCUCGCUCUUGCCAACUUUCUUGUUUGUUUUUUCAUUGAAAGUUUUAUAAUAGAGCAUGUAAUCGAAAACACUUUGAGGAGAAAAUUGUAUAAGCCAGAGAAAUCGAAGAAACGAUAUCUGAAGAUAGAAUAUGAAUUGGAGCAUUGCAAAAAUUGGCCGAGUCUUAGCAAACAAUUGUCAGUAUUAUCUAUUUUGCAAAAGAAAGAUAGCAUACAGAACACGGAUAUUACGUGUGACAGUUAUCGUCGAAGUGUUCCGAGUGAUCAAAUGGCAAAUGAUUUUCACAACUCGACCAACCCAUUAGGUGGAAAGAUUAGUAAAGGAAAUGGUUUUGAAAAUCUUAGUUUUGUAAAUGACCAGAUAUAGUGAUAACAAAUGAUUUAUUUUAAUAUUAAGGCGAUUUUUUCUCGAAGAAGCGAAAAAUCGCUGCAAUUUUCAAAGAGAAUACUAAGAUCAAUAUUUUUUCAUGUGCGAAAGAAACAAGAUAACGAUGUUAGAUUGAUCUUUAAAAUGGUAUUAACGGUAUUACUUUAAUUUUUUAAAUAAAAAUAAACACGUGUUUACAUUUUAAGCUUUGCCGUGCAAAAUCGCCAAUUUUUCUUGCAUUUCCUAUUUAUUUUCAAUAAAGACUUAAUAUUGAUGCAGAUUAGAUAUCUAUUGUAUUUGUAGAAUUUGAUUGUAAUCUCAUACGCAUGCUUUAUACAUGCUUAAUUUAAUUUUCACGACUUGUAACAUAGUUGCGCUAGAUAAUGUACAGAGUUGGUGCCUUUGUACAAUAAAAAGAAACAGUUAUAAAAGAAAUAGCAAUAAAAUGCUUUUAUAUAGCUGUAUUGACACAACCAGAUAUUUUCUUUUUUUGUAAUUCUAAA